ACUCAAACACAGAAACUCAUCCAACCUACUCAACAUCCAAUCAACUCCUGACACCAUGGCCUGCUGCUCUACUAGCUUCUGUGGCUUUCCCACCUGCUCCACUGGUGGCACCUGUGGCUCCAGCUGCUUCCAGCCCAGCUGUUGUGAGACCAGCUGCUUCCAGCCAAGCUGCUGUGAGACAGGCUAUGGCAUUGGGGGUGGCAUUGGCUAUGGCCUAGAGGGUGGCAGUGGAGCCGUGAACUACCGUGUUAGAUGGUGCCGCCCUGACUGCCGCGUGGAGGGCACCUCCCUGCCCCCCUGCUGUGUGGUGAGCUGUAUACCCCCAACCUGCUGCCAGCUGCACCAUGCCCAGGCCUCCUGCUGCCGUCCAUCCUACUGUGGACAGUCCUGCUGCCGUCCAGCCUGCUGCUGCUACUGCUGCUAA